AUGGAAAAGCUGUCGUCAACCGCCGUAGUUCCUCAACUCCUCCGCAACAUAAUCAUCGCCGUCGUCGUUUUCGCCGAUGAAUCUCUCCUCCAAAUCUCCUCAAACUCCAAACUCCUCGAGAAACUCCGCCUCUUCCUCGUCGCAUGCUUCCUCUUCUUCCUCCGCUCGAUUCCUUCCUUCGCAAACACCAACCCGAAUAUAUCUUUCGAGAAGAAGCAGAAGCUCGAGAUCGGAGAUUGCGUCGCGACGGAGUCAGGUAUCGGAAGAGCGAUAUGGCAGUUACUAUUGGCUAUGAACGAAAUUCCGGUGAAUUCAAGAAAAUACGAAGUCGUUAGAUCUUUAGCGGAGAGACUAAUCGAGGAGAAUCACGGACAAAACUCUUUGGCGUUGUCUGAAUUGAAUCGUAGGGUUUUAAACGCGUCGUUUCGGAGAACGUUAGGGAGGUUAGAGGCGGCGGUUGAGAGGAACCGGAGUGGACCGGUACGGAGUGGGUUGAACCGGGUGGUGAGAGCUGCGGUUAGAGUUGUUGGAGAUGGGUGGGGUGGGGAAGAGACGGUGGAACAGUCGGCGGAGAUGGCGGAGAAGCUUGCGGCGGAGCUGUUUUGGUUGGCGGAGAAGAUGUCGGGUUAUGGAUUUGUUGAUGAGGCGGUUGAGAGAUGGGCUUUGGCUUCUAACUUGGCUUGGCUUGCGGUUUGGUCUGAACCGAGACUUCAAUGUUCCAUGGUCCAAAUUUCAGCCUUGUUGUUCAAGGAAGCAGCAGCAAGAGAUGAGAAAUGGAUUGAGAUAAAGAAGAAGAUGCUUAUCUCGUGGCUUCCUUUGCUGUGUCGUGCCAGCAACGGAGCGGAUAAACCGGUUUUGAGAAAUGCAGAAAGAGCUGAGCUAGAGAAAGUGUUGGAGAAGAUGAUAUCAGAGCUAGAAGAAGAGGAACGAGAACAAGUUCUAUCACUUUGGCUUCACCAUUACACAACCUGCGCUUCCUCUGACUGGCCUGACCUCAAUGGCUGUUUUGUUCGUUGGUGUCAUUCUUCUCGCAAGCUUUUGCUCUUAAAUUGUGAUGAUUCACAAACCAAAAGCCUAACUAAUUAG